AUGCUCGAAAUUUGUUACGUUCUUCUCACGGGGAGUGGUGUCUCAAAGUUAGGAGCUGAUGCAAAGAUGCCGGGUUACUAUGACAUCGAUGACAUCCUCAUGGAGGAUGAGCCUAUUUCAGUUGUUUUCCAAGUAACUGCAAAUGGUGUUGGCCUGCUAGAUCCUGGUGCUGAAAGUAACUGUGUAGAGAAGGGUGCCAAGGUGGACCUACCAUUUUGGCUUGCUCAUGGGCUGCUGUCUCUGGAACAAGCUGUGUCAAUAAACCCACCUCCAUGCUUCACACAAAAAACUCGGAAGGAGAUCCAAGCUGAUGCAGCCUGUGUGGAUUUGAGGGUUCGUUGCCCGUACUUUUAUGAGCUAGGAUGCAAGAUUGUUCCUUUGGUGAGUGACAAGAGCAUUGGCCUGUUCUUGCGAUAUGCAUUCACCAGUAGGUACAAAGAGGUUCUAAGCAAGUCCCACAGUUCUUCCAUGAUGACAGUUCCCAAGUUUGUUCCACGCCUUACAAAAGAAGAAACUCGAGUGUUUGAAUCUGCUAGAGAAUCGAUGGCUGGUUUCAAGAAAUGGCGAGCAGGUGGGGUGAGACUGCAAAAGGCUUCCAUUCUUGGCCGGAAGAGGAAGACAAAGCUGCCUGAUGGACCACCUACUCCUUGA